GCUGCGGAGACGCGCGCUUCUCUGCGCUUCUUUUAUUUUUAAUUUACUUUUUGAUUUUUUUUUUUUUUUUUAAUUCAAAAAUGCAAGCUGGACGCAAAUCGUGUUGGAGGCAGUUGCAGGCUUCUUUUUUCAGACUGCUCUGUCUUCUGCCCACAGGAUUUCCAGUCCGGAGUGUGGAUAUGCAGCGGGCUACGGACAACAUCACCAUCCGCCAGGGCGACACGGCCAUCAUAAGGUGCUACGUUGAUGACAAAAUUUCCAAGGUGGCCUGGCUCAAUCGAUCAAACAUCAUCUUUGCAGGCCAGGAAAAGUGGUCCCUGGACCCCAGAGUAGACCUGAUUACAAAAGGGCAGCUGGAGUACAGCUUACGCAUACAAAAGGUGGAUGUGUUCGAUGAAGGCUCUUACACCUGCUCCAUACAAACUAAGCAGCAGCCCAAGACCUCUCAGGUUUAUCUCAUUGUGCAAGUUCCAGCCAAUAUCUACAAGGUGUCAGAAGACAUCACUGUGAAUGAGGGCAGCAACGUAACACUCAGCUGUUUGGCAAGCGGUAGACCAGACCCCAUGAUCACCUGGCGGCUGCUCAACCCCUCAGCAGAACCACUGGAUGGAGAAGAAUACCUGGACAUUGUAGACAUCAUGCGAAACCAAGCUGGUCGUUAUGAAUGCAAGGCCAGCAAUGACGUUGCUACGCCUGAUGUCAAAUACGUCAAUGUGGUCGUCAACUGUAAACUGUCCAAUACCCAGGGCAUCAAUAUCCAGAUUCUUGGCACGACCACUGUCCUCAUGAUUGCUAACGUCACUGAAGAAGAUUAUGGGAACUACACCUGCGUGGCCUCAAACCGACUGGGUGCUCAGAGUGCCAGUCUCUUCCUCUACAGACCCGGGACAGGCCGAGACAUCAGCGGCUCUCCCUGUGUCUCUCAAUCACUGUGGCUCCUGCUGGCCUCCUUCGCUUGCCUUCUCUUCAAGUGUUAAUACAGCUCUCCUUCCAUUAACGCCCAUGCUCCCUUUCUCUGCUCCUUCCUCUCUCCUCUUCACCGCUACCUUAUCACCGACUGUUUGCGUCACGACAGAAGAGCCUAUGUGCUCUGGAGCACCCAGGAGCACUGCUUACAGAUUUUAAGUGCUGGGUUAUGAAUAAACAAAAGAAAACUAAAUAAAAGGGAAGGACAGAACAAGCUAGCAGUGCUCUUUCAAAGAUUGUUGUUUUCAUUUGUAUGCACUACCUACUAUCUGCUACAUCCUCUUUAGGGUCAGGGAUUAAGAUUAGAUUUAUGCUCUUUUUGUCACAAAGAUGCCAACAAUCGCUCUGUAUAAAGCUUCUCACUCCACUUUGUUAUCUCAAAGAGUGUUUAACCGGUGCAUUAAUUAGUAAGAUGACAUGUGUUUGCCAAGUAUACACACAGAUUUGAAACUAAUGAUUUUAAAAAGAUUAAAGGCAAACCGCUGCAGUUCACUUUGCGAUGAGAUUAGAGCUUGGUACGCCGACGCUACUUGGCUGAAGCUCAGAGAU